UUUCCAAUCAUGAUAAGUGAAUUCUUGGCAAGUUGAGACCAAGCUGGUUUGCUGGCGUCUCUGUUCCUUGAAGAAAUACAGUCAGUGUCCAACGUACUCGACAACGAGCAAGAACUGUGAAUCUUACAGAUGAGCGCACCGGUCGCGCAAGAGGAAUUGCCGAUCCUCGAGGCCGUGAUCAACAUACGAAACCGGCUUACUGCCCUGAAGAGGGACCGUGCCGAGUUUAUCAAGCCGUCAGAUGUGAAUGCCCUUUACCAAGCUGUCGUUAAACAAGUCACAAAACUCAACGAUGUCCGCGAUGACAACACCACUUACAACAAUCGAGUGGACACAACACUCGCCGAUGUGUUCAGCCUCCUUUCCUUGUGUUAUCUUACACUGGGGAGAACGAAAGAAUGCCCAGCUGUAUACUCACAGCUGGCCUCCAUCAGGCAAUUACUCAGGCAUAUGGAAGAAUCAGGAGUCUACAACGAAUCGGACCUGGCCCCUUUCCAACGGAGACUAAGCGAGCUACGCCACAUAGUACAACAAGAUGCUGAGAGUAGUAAGCACCCCGAAGCUAUGACAAAGCUUCUAGAGCGCCAGUUUAAUGAAUGUGAUGUUAUCAUGCGAUCACUCCAAGAUUCCUUGUCGGUACUCUCAGUGGAGCUGGUUCCCAUUCAUGAACGCCUCGUCACGAUUCGCAGGCAACUGGUCGCACUGGCUGCCAAAGAGGGUUCACACAAAGCCGAAAUAAAGUCUCUGGCCGAGGAACUGCGUAAGAUUGAUUCCAAACGUGUCGACGGUAAAUUCCUUGGCCCAGGAGGAAUCAUGCCAUCUUCUCAAGCACUUUGCACCUCCCUCAUCGAGGAAUGCUUUGACAUUCUCCAGCAAAUUAAAGCGCAGGAUGAGUCAAAGAACGUAGCAUCUUCUCUCAAGCCCAUUCAUGACCGCUUGAACGAACUGCGUGCGGAGCUAGAGAACCUCGUCCUUACGCACAGAUGGAGUCUUCGCGAGACAGAUCUCUACAAUUAUUCGAUGAGCCUACACGAAAUCGACAAGAUGCGUAUUGAUGGCAAGUUUGUCGAUACAGAGGGUAAUAGGCCACCAGGACAGUAUGUCCUACUGUACUUGUUGAGACGGUGUUAUGGUCUUAUCUACCGUCUAUUAUCGUCGAGCGAGCCAGUAUCCGAGGAACUCAUCCCUAUCGCCAAUAAACUCUCCACAGUGAAGAAGUGCCUUAAUGAAGUAUACAAAUUUGGUGGUCCGUUUACGCCUCGGGACCUGUACCCCUAUCAACUGGCAUUGCACCAGAUCGACUCCAUGCGGAAAGAUGGAAGAUUUGUGGGCGUAGGUGGAAAUAUUCCUGAAGGACAGGGUAUCGUCAUGGCACAUCUGAACGAGUGUCAUGAACUACUAGAGAUGCUCAAGGAGUCCAUGGGCGAAAACGAGGAUCAGGAUUAUGACGACGAAGAUGAGACCGAGACGGAAGUCUCAGAACAAAUUUAAUUAUGCAUGUUGCGGACUGCCUCAAAUUCGAUGUACCACACUUAUAGGCCAUGUAUCUCAUCGGUGAUGUUAUAUAUACAAUAUCACA